GUUUUCGUUCUUGAACGGCGGUAAAAACCAACUGUUGACGCAGAAAUGUAGCGGAAUAUUCUACAGUGAAACUAUGUUCUGUUAUGAUGCGUCUGCCCUUCCGUUCAUGAAACCUUCAUCUUUCUUCACACAGACCGCAUCCAUGGUUCACUGACCCGGGUUGGCCACUAUGAGAGCAUUUUUUGAUACGGAACGGAUGAGGCGCCUCGCCUAUGGAGGCGCUAGCUGAGGAGCCGGUUGCCGAUGGUUAUCGCAGUAACUUACGGAGGAUGUUAGUAGCUGACAGAGGCCACAAUGGCUUCUUCGGACGAGCUGUUAAUAGUGGGCGUUCGUAGUGAAAUCAGUGCUAAAGUUUUAAUCAUAGGUGGUGGUGUUGCUGGGCUGACAGCUGCAAAUCGCCUCUACGCGCAUGGAUUUAGAAAUGUCACGAUCCUGGAAGCCAGAGACAGACCAGGCGGUCGAACGUUUUCAAAACCUUUCGGUGACAGCUACAUCGAGUGUGGUGCCCAGUGGAUUCAUGGACAAGAGGGAAACGCAGCUUACCAAGUCGCCAACGAAAAUGGUUUGGUGGAUCACGACUGUCCAUACUAUAUGGAGCAGUUCUAUAUUUGGCCUCAGCUGACCGAAGAGCAAUGCAGUGUGGCCACAGAAGUCAGUUCCCUUAUUUUAGAAGCACUGGACAGAUGCCAGAAGAUGUCGGUGAAUGGCGGCCAAGAUGAUAUGCCCAGUGUCUUUCAGAAGUCAGUUGGCCACUUUUUGCGCCACAGUCUUCUUGACUACAUAAACAAAAACAGUUUUGGUGAUGACAAGGUUAAACUUGUUGAGGCCUGCUAUGACUGGGCUGUACGGCUUCAACAAGAAAUCCAGGGAUGCAACUCCCUAACAGAUGUCUCUGCUCUGUUUUUUGGGCAGUACCAUGAAUGCGAUGGGAACAUUGUGACUGAGCUGAAGCACGGAUAUGGAAAGUUUGUGGAUCUUAUUUUGCAAGGCAUUCCUUCUGAGUGGCUGCAGCUUAAUAAGUGCGUAACCAGUGUGACAACCUCAGUAGCUCCCCUCUCACCAAACUGCCAUUUUAAUGAGAGGUCACGGAGUCACCUGAAGACUUCUUUUGCAGCUGUCCCUUUGGGCAGCAACAAGCCAGUGAUCACAGUGACAUGUGAAGAUGGCUCCGUUUUCAAGGCAGACCAUGUAGUAGUCACUCUGCCACUUGGGUGCCUCAAAGCACAUGCUUCGCGCAUGUUCGAGCCACCACUGCCUGAGAAGAAAAUGCUGGCCAUCCGGUCAAUGGGCUUUGGUGCAGUUAACAAGGUGUUCCUCAAGUACAGUGUGCCUUUCUGGAAGCCUGGUGAUGUGUUCCAAGUCCUGUGGCUUGAUGGUUUCAACCACUGUGGGAACAAAGCAGAAGGGGAUGACAUGUCUGCAUGGGUAACACACAGCCAGCUGAAUACUUCCUGGUUCAGGUAUAUUGGGAGAUUCAAUGCUGUACGUAACCAUCAAGAUCUGCUGUGUGCAUGGAUUACUGGGGAAGGAGCCAAGUACAUGGAAACACUGAGUGAUGAUGAUGUCCGCAUUGGUUGCCACAACGUCCUUGUCCAGGUUCUUGGAAACAAGGACCUGCCUUUACCAUGUGAGGUAGAGCGGAGCAAAUGGUACUCUGAUCCCUAUGCAAGAGGUUCUUACUCAUACAUCUCAGUGUCUUGUGAUGCAACAGGUGCUUUGCCUCGAGACUUGGCUGACCCAAUAUGUGAGCCUGUGGUGCAUUGUGGAACAGAAGUUACGUACCCAGUGAUAUUCUUUGCUGGCGAGGCAACGCAUCCCCACUUCUACUCAACUGUGCAUGGUGCCUAUGAGUCUGGCAUCAGAGAAGCCGAUCGCCUUGCUGACUUCUACUUCAAAGCUGGAACAGGACAAGAGUCAUGCUGCAUACCAGACGAGGAAGAAAGUUUUCUGCUCAAAGCUGAUCCCUUCAAUUCUCCAGCGUUGAGUGCAUCUUCUGCUGGCUCAAACCCACGCAUCAUAAUAGUUGGAGCUGGUGCAGCUGGCCUUUCGGCUGCGUACAAGCUCACCCAGAAGGGCUACACUAAUUUUGUUGUCUUGGAGGCACAGAAGAUGGCUGGAGGAAGGAUACAAUCUUACUACUAUGGUGACAACAGAGUCCUGGAGUUGGGUGCCCAGUGGGUGCAUGGUGAAGAAGGAAAUCCCCUGUAUGGCUAUGCAUUGUCGAAAAACCUGUUGGCCGACCCACGACGGCACCAUUCCCUUGAGGGUCGUGGUGUUUUCUGCACAGAUCAAGGGACCCAGUUGCCCCAGGACCUGGUUGAUGAGGUCAUCACUGUGCUCAACCAAAUUAAAGAAGAACUGGGGGGACGGCGACCUCGGCUUGAAGGCAACCAGGAAGUGUUCAUGCUCAAUGAGUUGCCCAUAUCGGUUGGAGAGUACUUGCGUUCACGCUUCCUUGAGCAUCUCGAGCAGCAAAGCAACACAGCCGACAUGGUCAAGGUCAAGUGGGCCAUUUAUGACUGGUAUUGGCGCUUCGAAGUCAUUGACAACUCUUGCUACAGUUUAGAUGAACUCUCAUUCAAAAGUUAUGAGGAGUUUGAGGAAUGUCCUGGUGUUUGGAACAUCAACCUGCGACACGGCUUUUCCAGUGUGAUAAACAGUCUCCUGGAGCACAUUCCCGAAGCUAACAUUCGCUACAACAAGGCUGUCAAGCGAAUCUACUGGCAUAACAGUGCAGUUCCUUUAUACACCAAAAUGGCUCGCUCCUCAAUCAGCAACUCGCAAGAGACCGUCUUGGAAAGUAUUCCAUUUGUAGAGUGUGAAGACGGUGAAAUUAUGUCAUGCAGGCACCUGCUCUUAACAAUGUCUGCAGGCUACCUCAAACGGCAUCUGGACAACAUGUUCCAGCCAAAGCUUCCAGAAGAGAAGCGUCAAGCACUACGUGGCAUUGGCUUUGGUACUAUAAACAAAAUAUUUCUCAUCUUUGAGAAACCCUUUUGGGACACAGGAGCCGAAGGUUUUCAACUAGUCUGGCUCGAUGGUGACUCGGAAGACACAACUAAUCCAGACUGGUGGGUUCGAGGGAUAUCAGGAUUCGAUCUCGUAUAUGAGAAUCCCAAUGUCCUUGUUGGCUGGAUUGGUGGAAAGGCCGCUGAGCAUAUGGAGUCGCUCAGUGACCAUGAAGUCCUCAGUGCUUGUGUCCAUGUCCUGUCCACGUUCCUGAACAGAGACAUUCCUAAACCCAUGUCCAUAAUCAGGUCAUAUUGGUUCACCAACCCCUACAUUUUGGGAAGUUAUAGCAACAGACAGCUGCCAUAUGACACUUCAGACACCCUUCUGGAGACUUUCUAUGAACCAUUAGUGGCUGAUGCCCCACUGCAUCGGGUAACCAGAGUAGAGUGGCCCCUUGUUCUGUUUGCCGGGGAAGCUACUGAUAAGGACUUCUAUUCAACUGUCCAUGGAGCUAUGAGGUCGGGGUUCAGAGAAGCAGACCGCUUGAUUAACUUCUGGAGUAGAAAACGAGAUGACAUCAUCCUUGAGUCAUCAGCACAGCCAAGACUGAGGGACAACCACUGAAGGCACAUCAUUUCUUACUUCCUCCGACAAUCAUACAGUGGCAAAAAAAAGCAACGGCAUAAGCUAAUAAUGUGGCGAGCUGCAUGGUGAUGUCCUUAUGGGAUUGCACUGCAAGUGUGCUUCCGUAGUAACACAUUGUCCUAGCUUAGUUUAUAGCCCACCUACUGAUUUUAUUGGAACUUGAGUCCAAUUCUCAUGCUAUACAACAUGGUGUAGCUGAUUGCAGAGUAUUGUGCAAGUAUUGUCCACUGUACGGUUUAGCAGUGCAAAACCUUCGUGUCUGGCAUCAUCGUAGUGGCAACAGUAAUUGCUGCUGUGUAUAGAGGAAUCCCAUGUGCUGCAAUGUAAGUUUGUUGAUAUUACAUUGGAGUCUUGGCAGUUUUGUCACUUGCAGUAUUCUUCUUGUUGGGCCUCCUUUUGCAGCUCUAGUUUUGAAGUGCCAAGUUAAAAAUAAGUGCAGUUGCUUUACAAAGCAUAUGCCCUGUAGCACUAGUCCAACUCGCUCGCUCCUGUGCUAGUCCUCUUGCUUACAGAGUGGCCUGUUAUUGUAAACCUCAGGCUGUAAUGGCAGCUGUGCAACAUAGCCAAACUUAGCAUUUCAUUGCCCUUUAUGCAAUUCUAGGAAGUUCUACAUCUAGAGCCGUACCGCCACUUCAAUUUUAGCCUGUCGCAUUGCACUUCCUGUGGGCUGUGCAAUUUAACACAUUACACAUAGAGUGCCUAUGGCAGAUGCUUAAUGCACAUGCCUGUAGUUGAGCUCAUGUCGUAGCACAGGAGGCAAGAAGCAAAUUUGCAUCUUCGCUCUGACCAACUUCACAUAUAUCCUAUUAUAUGCCACUGCAACUUCAGGGUGCUGAAGUAUACACUUCGCCUUUGUUUUCAAGCAUUCUCAGUGCAAUAUUUAUCAUGUGCCAAGAAACACACCAAAGGUCUAGUGCUGUUGCACAUUCCCAUCUACAAUAAAGUUUAUUUCUAUUCAGAA